AUGGCUUCUUCCGAAGAGAAGCAAGAUGAAGUUUCAUGUAGUGAAGAAAAAGAAUACCAAAAAUCAAUCGAAGAAGAAAUUGAAUUACCGAAAGAUUUUGAACCCGGUGCUUCUAGAGUGGGAAUACUUUUAUCCACGGCAUCAUACGAAGAAGAAAGUGUUUCAAAUGGAGAAUUCGAUGACUUCUCUCGAAAAAGCAGUUGUAUCAGUGAGAUAGAACAAGGUGUUUCUGCUAUUGAACAAAACGUGUCAGAACCUCAGGAAACAAAGACUGAUGAAGAGGAAAAAAAUUCCAGUGAUAAUUCUGCUGCAGAAAUAUUGUCCAUUGAAGCGGAACAAAUUGCAGAAGAAUUAGCUAAAGAGGAAUGUGAUGAGCUUAAUAGUGCUGAAUGGAAAAAACAGAAAAAACAAAUUUUUGUUUUGAGUGAAGCUGGGAAGCCUAUCUAUACCAGGCAUGGCAAUGAAGACAAUCUUGUGACACUCAUGGGUGUCAUGCAAGCCCUGGUAUCUUUUGUCCAGCAGAAUGGUGACACUAUACGCUCAAUUCACGCUGAAGACAAAAAAUUCGUCUUUCUCCAUCGGGUGCCCCUCAUACUGGUUGCUGUUUCUAGCACGAAAGCAUCUGUGCCUCAGUUACUGUCUCAACUAACCUAUGUCUACAAUCAAAUUACAUCUGUGCUCACGUACUCCAACUUGAAUCGGAUAUUCGAGCAGAGAAGAAAUUAUGAUUUGAGAAGGUUGUUGGGUGGAGCGGAAAAGUUUCUGGACAGGCUGGUGGACGUCAUGGAUAAGGAUCCCAGUUUCUUGUUGAACGCCGUGAGAUGCUUGCCUUUGGAUAAUAGCAUUCGAGAGGUCAUUGCUCAGACAUUAACUCAGUAUUGCGGGAAAAUAAAGAACAUUGUCUUUGCUAUUUUGUUAGCAGAAAAUCAACUCGUGACUCUUGUACGGAUGAAAAAAUAUUUUUUGCAUCCUGUCGAUCUCCAUUUGGUUAUGAAUCUUGUAAGCUCAUCGGAAUCUUUCAAAUCCGUUGAAACAUGGAUUCCUAUUUGCCUCCCAAAGUUUGAUGCUAGUGGAUUUUUGCACGGCCACAUAUCCUACUUGGAUGAAGAAAACAAAUGUUGUCUUUUGUUGCUGACAGUGGACAAAGAUAUGUUCUUUCCCCUAAAAGAAUGUCGAAGUAAAAUUGUGGAGAGAUUAAAGAAAUACCAUUGCCUGGAGGCUAUCAACAAGUCUGUCAACAACCGUGGAUACUCUGUCUCUCAGGUAGGGAUACCUGACGUCAGGCAUUUCCUGUACAAGUCCCGCUCUGCCGCUCAAUUCACCGCGCCUCGCAUCGAGGCACCUUAUGUGACCACGGAGGACUGGAAUCAUUUGUUUGGUUUAUACCAGUACCUACACCAUCGGAUGUACAAGAGUACCAGGCCGUUGAAAAUGCUGUAUUAUAGCGGAGAGAGAGAAACUAUGGUGGGAUGGCACAUGCAAGGAUUUGAACUGUAUGCUGCAUUCGAACCUCUUGCAACGAAAGCUGAUGCAACAAAUGCGAUGAAGAAAAUAGUUCAUUGGAUAAAGAAAGAGGAAGACGAUUUAUUUAUUAUGAUUUCUCCUACAAUAUAGCAAAUAAAAAUAAUUAAU